GAGCCUCCCGGCGCGCGGGGGACAAAACUCCGGGACGGACCAAGAUGGAGGCUCCCACUGAGGGGCAGCUCUUCGUCUCCGGGAUCGAAAAGAGCUGGGGCGCGGUCGUCCGCUCCCCUGAAGGGACACCCGAGAAGGUCCGGCAGCUGAUAGACGAGGGAAUUGUCCCGGAGGAGGGAGGCGCAGAAGCAAAGGACACACCUGCCACAGUCCAGCCAGUGGAUGGAUCGCCUCAGGCCGAACAGCCCCCGUUGGAAUCUACAAGCAAAGAAGCCUUUUUUCACAGAGUGGAGACCUUUUCUAUAUCCUUUUCAGUGGUUGCACCAGCUGCAGGGCUGGUGCUCCAGAGCCUGUGUGCUCGCUGUUGUGAGUCUUGAGUGUGUGGGUGUUCUGGCUGUCCGCCUGCCCCACGUGCAUGGAGUUCCUACAGGGUUCUGGGAUGGGGUUCUGGGUGCUUGUCACCCACCAUGUGGGAAGAGCAGCCGGUGCUCCUAACUGCUGAGCCAUCUCCAACUGCUCACUCUGAUCUUUCAAACCAAAGAAUCAGAGUUGAUAAUUUCAUAGGAAAGUCCUUAUCCGCCUGCAUCUGCCCCCCAAGUGCUGUCAGUAGAGGCAUGCUCUACCACCACCCAGCUUGAUUUGUUUUGUUUUGAGACCCUGUGGAACUUGUAUCCCAAGACCAGCUUCAUACUGCCUUCGUCCCGAAUGCUAGGGUGAUAGGUGGGAGCCACUGUGCCCACCUAACCUUUUCUCCUUAUAGAAGGAAAAAGAAUUGAAAGGCCUGAGAGGAGGAGUAGCUACCAAUGCCUGUGUGCAGUAUGUUUUCCAUGUAUUCUAACCUUUGAUCUUCAACUCACUCCUGUGAAAAUAAGUAUUUUUAUGUUUAUGUUCUUCCUACAUGUCCACCUGGGCACCAGAGCUCACUCUAGAUGGUUGGGAGCCAUCAUGUGGGUGCUGGGAAUUGAACUCAGGACCUCUGGAGGAGCAGCCAGUGCUCUUAACCUUUGAGCCCUUUCUCCAGCCUGCCAUACUGCUUUUUAGUGUUUGGUUUGGUUUGGUGAGGCCAGUGCUAAGAAUCAGACCUCAUGUAUGGCAGGCAGGCAGUCUUCCACUGAGCUGUGUUCCUGGCUCUGUUAUGUUCAUUUUAUAGAUGAGAACAAAGGACAGACAGACAGACCGAAGAGGGGCCAUUAGAGUAGGCUACAUGGCUUGCCUAAGCCAUCCUGCUAGCAAGUAGGGAGCUAGGACUGACUGAAUUUUUGUUUGUUUUGCUUGUUUCUUUCUUUUUUUUUUUAAUUUAUUUAUUAUGUAUACAAUAUCUGCAUGUAUGCCUUCACACCAGAAGAGGGCACCAGAUUUCAUUAUAGAUGGUGUAAGCCACCAUGUGGUGGCUUGGAAUUGAACUCAGGACCUCUGGAAGAACAGCCAGUGCUCUUAACCUCUGAGCCAUCUCUCCAGCCCGUAGUUUUGUUUUUUAAUUUAUGUAUCUGCUGUGUGUACACUAUCUGGGGUGGGUGGGAUACCCAAGGAGGCCUGAGGAAGGUGUCUAGAGCAGCUACAGGCACCUGUGAGCAACCAGACAUAUGUUCUGGAAACAAAAACAGGUUUUCUAGAAAAGAGCCACAGGUGUACUCAGCUCCUGAGCCAUCUCUCGGGCCCAAUUUGGUUUGGUUUGGUUUGGUUUUUGUUUUUUUUUCUAGGCAGGUGCACAGGCAGACAUGCAGGCAAAAUACAUAUGUGAAAUGAAUCUCAAAAACAAAUAAAUAGAAAGAUGGUGUUUAGCAGCUGGAAUGAUGGCUCACACCUUUAGAAGGAUUUUAGACGUUUGAGGUCUGCCUGGGCUAUGGAGUGAACACCCUCCCAAAAGCAAAGCAGAGGGGCUAGGAAGAAGACAGUGGAUGAAACAGUUGCUGCCUAAGCAUGAGGACCAAAUUAGGAUCCUAGAAUGCGCAGAAAAGCUAGUGGAAAUGGCUGCAUACUGGGAUCCCAGCAUGCAGGAAGCAGAGCCAGGAUCCUAGAGCUAGCUGGCUGGCCAGCUAGCACGUGUGUGCCUGGUGUGCACAGAAGAGCCUUCGGAGCUGGACUUCCGGUUGGCUUUUGGGCCAACAUGUGGGCACUGGGACCUGAACCUGGGUCCUAUGCAAGAGCAGCCAGUGCUCUCAACAUCCGAGCUGCCUCGCCAGCCCGCCAGAACAGCUAAAACAGCGAGCUCUGGGCUCACAGACCCUUCUCUCUCAGUAUGUAAAGUGGGCAGCAGUUGCAGAAGACACCACAGCCUUCCACAUACAUGUGUGCCACAUGCACACAGGUGCACAUGCAUGCCUACAACACACACCCAGAGAAACUAAGUCUGCCAUUUCUUCACUUUCUGCUUUUAAUGAAUGUAUUCCUGGAUUUGUUAAGAAUGCGCUCGAGUUUUAAUUGGGCUUGGUUUUCUUUGACCGAAUACUCUCUGAAAUGGGCAGGGAAGCCCCCCGAGCUGUCUCCACUUAUCUGCGCAAGAUAUGGUUGGGUCGCCGUGGAAUGUGACCUGCUCAGGUGCUCCAGCUGCCAGGCUCUCCUCUGUGCCAGCUUACAGCCAGCUCUGGACUUCAGCAGAUAUAAGGAACGAUGUGCUGAGCUCAAGAAAUCCUUGUGCAGUGCCCAUGAGAAGUUCUGCUUUUGGCCAGACAGCCCCUCUCCAGAUAGAUUUGGGAUGCUGCCACUGGGUGAGCCUGCUGUUCUUGUCAGUGAGUUCCUGGACCGGUUUCAAAGCCUUUGUCAUCUGGACCUUCAGCUUCCGUCCCUGAGGCCAGAGGACUUGAAAGCUAUGUGCCUGACAGAAGACAAGCUUGGCGCUCUGCUGCAGCUGCUGCAGGGUGAGCUUGACGGCCAGGCUGAGGGCAAGAAGACUGCGGGCAGGCUCGGCUCCGACGCCCAAGUGCACGUCACCGCCUGUGUCCUCUCUCUGUGCGGCUGGGCGUGGAGCUCUGUGGAGCCUACACAGCUCUCCCUGGUAACUUGUUCCCAGUGUGCGAGGAAGGUCGGCCUCUGGGGCUUUCAGCAGAUGGAAUCAUCUGUGACAGAUCUGGACGCUUCCUUUGGCCCGACCAGCUCCCCCGUUCCAGGUGCAGAGGGCCGGCCUGAGCACAUCCCUCUGGUGCCUGAGUCUCCCAGGCGCAUGAUGACGCGGAGCCAGGAUACUGCCGCCUCUCCAGGCUCGGAGCAGUCUGAAAAAAGUCCAGGUCCCAUUGUCUCCCGACCGCGGAGCUGGGACUCCUGCAGCCCUGCUGACCGGCCUGAGGCGGAGGCAGCCAGCCCCAGCACCCGGAGCCGCCCAGUGACGCGGAGCAUGGGGACCGGAGAUUCCUCGGGCUUGGACAUCCCCUCCAGCCCUCUUCGGAAAGCCAAGCGCGCCCGCCUCUGCUCGUCCAGCGGCUCAGUGAGUUCAGAGGACACGUCUGCCCGAAGCUUCUUUAAUCCCACCUCUCAGCAUAGAGAUUGGUGCCCUUGGGUGAACGUCACACUUGUCAAAGAAACCAGGGAGAAUGGGAAAACGGAGGUGGAUGCCAGCACCCCAGCAGAGCCAGGCUGGAAGGCCGCAUUGACCAUCCUGCUGGCCCAGAAGCGUUCUACCCAGCCAGAUGAGGUGGACUCUAUGAGUCUCUCGGAAAAGUCACGGAAAGUGUUCCGGAUAUUCCGGCAAUGGGAGUCUUUGUGCUCGCCCUGAACUCCAGGCUCACCUGUGGAGGGCGACCCUGACUCCUCUCUGGCCAGCUGAUCCUCGGCGUGGUUUAAUUGCCAGUGCAAAGGCCUGCCAUCUGCAUGACGAAGAGGAGAGCCCAGUGCCACUAGGGGAUGUGGACAGGGUAAGGCACGGCAAGACCAGUUCUGCGGGACUGUGGAGUUACGAGACCAGCCGCAAGCCUGGAAGAUCGGAACAGUGCUCUAAGCAAAUCGCCCAGGAAUGGGACAGUGUUUGUAAUAAAGUGUUUGCUAAGA